AUGGGUGCGUUCGCUGACUUGGGUUGGGCGUGGAACGUGAAGCCCCCCAAAGAGGUGGUAGGCCGUCGGCGCGCGGCUAUACCUUCCGCCGAGUUCACGGAAUCCUUCGUUAUAUUCCUCUAUGGCUGCAGUAAUGUCUUUUUAGAGCAUUUGGCGGCCUGGGGUGAUGCGUGGACUGCGCAAGAUCUGGAGCAUGUGUCUAUAUCAAUUAUGUUUUUUGGUGGUGGCUUGCUAGGCAUGCUUGUCGAGUCUUCGAAGAUGAGGGAUCUACUCAACAGCGCAGUGCUCUCGACCCAGACGUCAUCGCAGACCAACGAAGAAGCAUGGCAGCAGCCACGGCAAUACCGCACUUCCAUGAAUCCUAUGCCAGGACUCAUCAUACUUCUCCUGGGCAAGAUGAUGAGCUCUCAUCAUCAAGCAUCAAUGCUCUCAACGAUGAUCCACACCCAGUGGGGUACCAUGUUCAUGAUGUUCGCGCUCGCCCGUGCUCUUACAUACAUCACCCUCUACAUCUCACCGCCUACCUCCUACCUUCCUUCUCGCCCGCCAACUGAGGUCAUCACCUCCUUCUGCCUCAUCGCCGGCGGGAUCACCUUCAUGGUGAGCAACAAGGACACUGUUGCAGCACUAGAGUCCUACAAUCUUGAUGCCAUGUUUACCUUCACCGUCACCAUGGGUUUCGUUGCUCUCUUGAUGGCGUGGACGGUCGUCCUUGUCGCCAUCAAGGGCUAUGCUACGCGCCGCGAAAAGCGUCGAUCGCUUUGA